AUGUUGAUGAUUGUUGGGCCUAGCAAACAAGCCGAAAGUAUAAGAAAUCAAAUUGCGGCUGGGUGGGCAAGUAAAACCCUUUCCCUCCUCCAAACAAAACCCUAACUCUCCCUACCUUUGAUUUUGAAGAUGAAAGGGAAGAAGAACACCAUGACCAAAAACGACGUUGAAGACGACGGAGCUCCGGUUCCUUCACCAACAGUAUCCGAUUCCGACUCUGAUUAUGAGGACUCUUCAGCAGAUGACGACGACAAAUCUUCUGACUCGCUGGAUUCUCAAUCUGAAUCGGAAUUAGAAGAUGCUUCACCUGAGAAUGGUGGCUCCGGCGAUGUAGAAUCUGCAGAAGAUGAGGACACUGUCAAUGAUGAAGACGGUGGAAGUGAGAGCUCUGAUCUCCAUCAGGAAGGAGCUGAGAGUGAUUCCUCCGAGGAUGAGGUGGCUCCUCGAAACACCAUUGGAGAUGUGCCAUUGAAGUGGUAUGAGGAUGAGCCUCAUAUUGGAUACGACAUCAAGGCAAAAAAGAUUAAGAAAAAGGAAAAGCAAGACAAGUUGGAUUCAUUUCUUGCAAGCGUUGAUGAUUCUAAGAAUUGGCGGAAGAUCUAUGAUGAGUACAAUGAUGAGGUAGUUGAGUUGACAAAAGAUGAAAUCAAACUUGUCCGUAGACUGCUAAAGAAUCGGGCACCCCAUUCUGACUUUGAUCCAUAUCCAGAUGGUGUUGACUGGUUUAAAUGGGAAGACGCCAAACAUCCAUUGUCUAAUGCACCUGAACCAAAAAGAAGGUUUAUUCCAUCAAAGUGGGAAGCUAAAAAGGUUGUACAGUAUGUUAGAGCAAUCCGCCAGGGAUUAAUCACUUUUGACAAGCCAAAAGAGGAAGAUGGUCCAUAUCUCUUGUGGGGAGAUGAUUCUGGUUCAACAGAAAGAGCAAAUCAUUUGGCUUACAUUCCUGCCCCAAAGCAGAAGUUACCUGGCCAUGAUGAGUCAUAUAAUCCUCCUCUAGAGUACAUUCCAACCCAAGAAGAGGUCAAUUCUUAUCAAUUGAUGUUUGAGGAAGACCGCCCUAAGUUUAUUCCUAAAAGGUUUGCAUCUAUGAGGAGCAUUCCUGCAUAUGAGAAUGCUAUGAAAGACUGCUUUGAACGUUGUUUGGAUUUGUAUUUAUGUCCUCGAGUUCGGAAAAAACGUCUCAAUAUCGAUCCUGAAUCUUUAAAGCCAAAGCUUCCAAGUCGAAAGGAGCUUAAGCCUUAUCCCACAACAUGCUAUAUCGAGUAUAAAGGCCAUGAAGAUGCUGUUACAUCAAUUUCACUCGAAGCUUCAGGACAAUGGAUGGCUUCAGGUUCAAGUGAUGGAACUGUCCGUAUCUGGGAGGUUGAAACUGGCAGAUGUCUUAGGCGGUGGGAGGUUGGUGAAUCUGUUAGCUGUGUUGCUUGGAAUCCUCUGCCCAAUAUUCAUCUUCUGGCGGUUUCUGUGGGCCAAGAUGUACUUCUACUUAACACUUGUUUGGGGGAUGACGAAGAGCAGAAACAGAUUAAGGAGCUUCUCUGGGUUGACUCAUCUACAGCAUUGGAUGACUCUGGCAACCAAGCACCUAGUGUAAGCUGGCUUAAAGAUGAUAAACAUAUGGGUUUAAGGUUAAGGCACUUUAAGACUGUUACUGCUGUAGAAUGGCACCGGAAAGGUGACUACUUUUCGACAGUGAUGCCGGCAGGUGAAUCAAGAGCAGUUCUGAUACACCAGUUAUCCAAAAAGCUUACGCAAAAACUUCCAUUCAAAUUACAUGGACUUGCUGUUAGGUCAACCUUCCAUCCAUCCCGUUCCAUCUUCUUUGUAUGUACCAAAAAGAGUGUUCGUGUGUAUGAUUUAUUGAAGACCAAGAUCAUAAAAAAGCUUGAUACUGGGCUUCGUGAAGCUUCAUCCAUUGCAGUUCAUCCUGGAGGUGAUAAUUUAAUUGUCGGUAGCAAAGAGGGGAAGAUGUGUUGGUUUGACAUGGACCUUUCAUCUAAACCGUAUAAAAUUCUUAAGUGUCACCCAAAAGAUAUCAACAAUGUCAUCUUUCAUCGCUCGUAUCCCCUAUUUGCUUCAUGUUCAGAUGACUGCACUGCAUAUGUUUUUCAUGGAAUGGUUUAUUCUGAUCUCAAUCAAAAUCCUCUUAUUGUUCCUUUAGAAAUUCUACGAGGUCAUACCAAUUCAAAUGGGAGAGGGAUACUGGACUGUAAAUUUCACCCGAGACAGCCAUGGUUAUUUACGGCUGGUGCUGAUAAACUGAUUAAACUUUAUUGUCAUUAAUAUAAACAUGGACAUACGUGCAUGUGAUAGGCGGACAAAACGUCUAGGAAGGUAGCUUGCAACUUCAUCACCAAUUUUGUUCCUCAAUUCUUAAAUAGAUAGCUCUGUAAACCGAAAGGAAGGGCAACGGAGGAGUGAGUUUCUUUCUCUGGUUUUAUGGAUUGCUUGUUUUGUUUUCCACACCUCACAUUUGUCUUUCCAAAAUCUUUAGCUGAAAUAUAACUGCAAUUUUGAUGUAAUAUGUUUAGCUAUGAGAAGCCCAUUAUUUUAAGGCAUCCAGCAGAUGCAUCUUUUUGGGACAUUGAAUGCGGCAUUCUGUUUGGUUGUAUUAUAGAUAACAUCAAGUAACGCACUUCACAGUUUCUUUGAGUAAAUGCUAAAUGGUACGAAAUAUGGUCGUUUGAAAAA